CGGGUGAGGCAGACAGAACUCCUGGUGUCACAGUUGGGGCUCAACGUUGUGGACUGAGGCUGCCCAUUGUGCUGCGGUACCAUGGAGGCAGGGGCCGAUUCCUCUGAGGCCCCCUCGGUCUGCCGCUUCUUCCUAGAGGGCCGCUGUCGCUUCGGCGCUCGCUGCCGUCAGCCACACCCCGGGGCCCCAGCGCCAACCCCUGAGGUCGUGCAGCGGGAGACUGGGUCCAAAAAGCCAGCGCUGCGUACUGCCGCUGACGUCAUCCAGCGCAUCCGCUGGGAUCCGCGCCUGGACCCUGCCGAAUUUUCGGUGGGCUAUACUGACCGCUUCCUGGGCGUGCAGGAAGAGCCCUUCUGCGCCUUCUGCUGGGACGAGCCGCUGGCAGCGCUUGGGCCGGGCGUCUUGGCGGUGCCACAGCACCGCAUCCGCUACUUCCGCUUCCGAGGCCGCCUGGUGUGGGACCGUGCCUCGCGUACUGACCUCAUUUUUGGCUCGGGCUCUGUGGCUGGACGGGGACCCACCAUCCUGGACGCACUGGACGACGGGAACGAGUACUGGCCAGAGGUUGCACUAGAAAUCCCUGACACAGAGAAGGCAGGUGCGGCUUCCGAGAGUCAGGAUGGCCCUAAGGAAGGGAGUGGAAACCUGGCAAGAACUAGGCUUGAUUCAGGCCUGGAGACACCUGAAGAAGGUACAGCAACCAAAGAGAACAGAACUGGGCUUGAUUCGGGCCUGGAGAUACCCAAAGAGGGUGGGGCAACCAGAGAGACUGUCCUGAAUAGGACCACAGAGGCAGGAACACCAGACUCAAGCGGGUGCUUCCCAGGAGUAAAGGAGAUCUUGAACUCACUAGAAACACCUGGAGCCACUCUACUUCCACAGUGGGAGGCACAGGCUAUGGACGCUCCAGGGCUUUCUUCUGAAGAGAUGGGAAGUGAGUGGACUCCAGGGGCUUGGCCUGAUGAAAGAAAGUUCCCUCGCCAGCCCCGGCCCACACAUUUUGUGGCACUGAUGGCAACAGAGCCUGGGCUUAGGGCAGAAGUGGUCAAGGCCCAAGAGCAUCUGGUGCGGAUUGCUCCUCCUUGUGCUGCUUUCCUGGUACCUGUACAGGCCCUGCACCUGACAGUGGCCUUGCUGAGGCUGACAGGCCCUGGGGAGGAGGCUGCAGCUACUGGGGCUCUGCGGAGGGCCCUCCUGAAACCAGGGCUUCAGGUACCCUCCCAGCUACAGUUCAAGGACUUGGUUCUUCUGGGUCAUCACGUGCUCUGUGCCAUACCCUCCCCAACACUGGCAGGCAUGGCCCAAACUCUGAAUCAGAGGCUGGAGGCUGAAGGGCUGAGAGUGGUGCAGCCCCCAGGGGGCCUACAGCCACACCUCACCCUGGCCAAAGUGCCACAGGGAUCCCAGGUUUGCAUCCCUGAGCUCGAGUUCAGUUUGAAUCAGGAGCUAGGAAGACAGCCCCUAGGGAAACUCUGGCUAUGCCGUAUGGGCAGAGCAGGACAUAGCUAUUUGCCCCUGGUUGAGAUUUCCCUCAAGUGACCAACGUUCCAAACUUCGUAGAAACAAGCCAAAUAGAAACAAUUUCUCUCUCUCUUUCUCUUUAA